AUUUGGUUGCCAGCAGUGAAAAAGAACCUCGCAAGCAAGCAUAUGUUAAUAAUAUCCAUCCAUCUGCUACCUAUGCUUCCUACUAAUAUUAUAAUAACAGUAUGAUUAAUUCUUGUUUUUAUUGCUUCUCAGUGAGUUACCAACUCAUGCCUCUCUCUAUUUAUUAUUUAUUUAAUUUUCCUUCGCAGACACGAGAUUCAGUGAUUAUGGUUUCACUCCAAUUACCAGCUAAGCCACCUGAACCUAAAGCUGUUAUUUCAAUUUUGCACAAAAAAGAAAAACCCUUUUGCCCCUCUUUCAUAUUCUUUUUAUAAGAAUAUUUUCUGCUCUCUAUCAUUCAAAAAAUAAUAAUAUGAAGAAAAUUUAGGACUAAAUCAAAUAAAUUAAGGUUGUUUCCUUCAGUUUAUAUACCAGCUUGUCUUCAGCUAGAUUCAUGCUGAACAUGCUUGUUAUCUUCAACUCCUUUCAUAAUUUUUAUUCAAUUUCUUUCCAUAUAAACAAUAGGGUACUUCACUUUUUUCUUGGUUCUUCUUCUCUUCUCAAGGUACAAAAUUUAAAGGUGCAAUCUUUAGUCUUCAUCCUAAUUUUGCUCUUUCUCUAUUAUGAUUUCUUUUCCUCUUUGGUAUUGUGAUUGAGAACUAGUAAUUCACUGCUUUCUUUUAUUGAAUUGAAUUUACAAAUAGGAAAAUUGAAAGAGAAAAAGGAAAUUAAUACUUCAAAAUCAGUGUUUUUUUCUCUCUGAAUAUCUAAACAUGUGGUGGAAUUUUAGAGAAGGUUGGUUAUUUAUAUUCAUCAUUGUGUUAUCAAUCUUUCCCUAUGUUUGUUUUUCUGCAAACUUUGUUCAUUUAGAUAAUUACCUUAUAGAUUGUGGCUCACACACAAAUACUUCAAUUGGUAACCAAAAUUUCACAUCUGAUAAUUUCUUUAAGAAUUUCCUUUCCACACAAGAAGAUAUUCUUGCAAAUACUUCCUUAAAAUCAAUCACUUCCACCAAUGUUUCACCUCUCUAUCAAACAGCAAGAAUCUUUAACUCACCUUCAAAGUUCACAUUUCCUGUUAACAAAAAAGGUAGGCAUUGGAUCCGUCUUUAUUUCUUUCCGAUUUCGUAUGGAAAAUACAAUCUUAGUGCAGCAAAUUUUGCUGUUACCACCCAAAACAAUGUGCUUCUUAGUAACUUUAGUGUGCCGAAAAAUCCUGUUAUGAAGGAGUACUUAGUAAAUGUUACUUUAGACAACUUUGUCAUCACUUUUACCCCUUCCAACAAUUCUGUCGCUUUUGUGAAUGCAAUUGAAGUUGUUUCUGUGCCUGAUGACCUUAUUGUCGAUGAUGCUUUAGCCUUAAAUCCGCGAAGCGGAUACUCGGGGUUGUUGACACAGGCACUCGAGACAGUUAUCAGAGUUAACAUGGGUGGUCCAACUGUUUCCUCUGGCGCUGACCCGCUUCAUCGAACUUGGGUUCCGGAUACAAGCUUCCUUAUACUACCUAACCUGGCUAGUAAUUUUUCAAGUAUAGGUGCUGUUAAAUAUGUAAAAGGGGGUCCAAAUGAAAAUACUGCUCCACCUACUGUCUAUGGUACUUUAACACAGAUGAACUCGAAAAGUGAUCCACUUAGUAAUUUCAAUGUGACAUGGAAGUUUGAUGUGGAACCUGAAUUUCAAUACCUUGUUCGGUUUCACUUCUGUGACAUAGUCAGUAAAGGUCUUAAUGAACUCUAUUUCGAUGUUUACAUUGAUUCCUUUUUGGCUGCCAAGGAUCUUGAUCUCGGUGCAAAAAGUAAUAAUGUUUUGGCUGCUCCGUAUUUUAUGGAUUUUGUUACAUCCCCGUCUGUCGACAAUAAAAUUCUUAUAAGUAUUGGCCCUUCUGAUGUAAAUAAUGACUAUCCUAAUGCCAUUUUGAAUGGACUAGAGAUCAUGAAAAUUAACAACUCUAUGAGCAGUCUCAGUGCAUCAACAGCUGUAUUUCCCACCGGAAAUCAUGGUUCGAAUUCUCAGAAAGUUGGUGUGAUAGUUGGCGUGAGUCUUGGGAUACUUUGUGCGGUAGCCAUGGUUGGAAUUUUCUUGGUACUCUCCAAGAGAAGAAGACAGUUGUUGGCACAACAAGGUCAUUCGAAGACAUGGGUUCCUUUAUCGAUCAACGAUGGAACUUCUCACACAAUGGGAAGUAAAUAUUCAUAUGGAACAACAGCGAGCGCUGCUUCGAACUUUGGAUACCGCUUCCCAUUUGUGGUAGUUCAGGAGGCCACAAACGGUUUUGAUGAGAGUUGGGUUAUUGGUAUAGGUGGUUUUGGUAAGGUAUACAAAGGCGAAUUAAACGAUGGAACAAAAGUUGCUUGUAAGAGGGGGAACCCUCGCUCCCAUCAGGGACUUGCAGAGUUCCGAACAGAAAUUGAAAUGUUGUCUCAGUUCCGCCAUCGUCAUCUGGUAUCAUUGAUUGGAUAUUGUGACGAAAGGAAUGAAAUGAUCUUGAUAUAUGAAUAUAUGGAGAAGGGAACUGUAAAGAGUCAUCUGUAUGGUUCCAAUCUCCCCAGUUUAAGUUGGAAGGAGAGGCUCGAGAUAUGCAUUGGAGCCGCCCGGGGACUUCAUUACCUUCAUACCGGCUAUGCUAAAGCGGUUAUUCACCGCGAUGUAAAGUCUGCAAAUAUCCUUCUUGAUGAAAACCUCAUGGCAAAAGUUGCUGAUUUCGGGUUAUCAAAGACUGGACCGGAAAUUGAUCAAACGCAUGUGAGCACGGCUGUCAAAGGUAGUUUUGGUUACCUUGAUCCUGAGUAUUUCAGAAGGCAACAGUUAACAGAAAAAUCAGACGUGUAUUCGUUUGGGGUAGUUCUGCUUGAGGUUCUGUGUGCAAGACCUGUUAUUGAUCCAUCCCUCUCCCGAGAAAUGGUGAACUUGGCAGAAUGGUCAAUGAAAUGGCAGAAAAAAGGUGAACUGGCGCGAAUCGUGGAUCCAACACUUGCAGGGAAAAUCAGACCAGAUUCUCUUAGGAAGUUCGGAGAAACUGCCGAAAAGUGUUUGGCUGACUUUGGUGUUGAUAGGCCUUCUAUGGGAGAUGUAUUGUGGAAUUUGGAGUAUGCUCUUCAGCUUCAAGAGGCUGUUGUUCAAGGCGAUCCCGAAGAAAACAGUACUAAUAUGAUUGGUGAACUCUCUGCGCAGAUCAACAAUUUCGGCCAUGAAGCAAGUGUUUCUGUUGCACAAUUUGAAGCUUCAAGUCUCGAUGAUCUGUCUGGUGUUUCUAUGAGUAAAGUAUUCUCACAGCUUGUGAAGUCUGAAGGAAGAUGACUUUGAAUACAACAUUUAAAUUCUGCAUAUUACAUCACUUUUAUGAUUUUUGUUCUUGUCUUGUAAACUGUAGUUCUGUUAUCCCUAGCAAUAGAGUUGUAGAGAAAGACCAAGUUAAUGAUGACAUGUGCUUUUCUUGAUUGUUAACACAGCAAUACAUUUCCGUGUUGAAUCUCUGAUUAUGAAAUUUUGAGCUAGAUUCUUUA